AUGCAUACAAAAAUUCAUAGAAAUACUGGGUUAUUCAUGUCUAAUGAAACUUCAACUGAUUUCACAGCUAUAAUGACUGAUUCUGAAGAUGAAUUAGAUGAUGAAAUAUUCCAAAAUGAUGAAGAGUUUUUGUUAAAACCUCCAUCUACUCUAAAUAAUAAUAAUAGAAAAUUUUCAAAUAUAUCAAGAAGAAGAAGUUCAGUGUUUUCUAAAAUUUCAAUUAAUAAUAAUCCAAUAAAUUCUCAAAAUUUAGAAUUUAUUCAAGAUUAUUCAUCUGAUUUAUCAAAUAGAACUAUUAAUGAUUUUGAAGAGAUUAAUAUCUUGGGUAUUGGUUCUUAUGGUCGUGUUUAUUUAGUGGAAGAUAUUUAUACUAAGAAACUGUAUGCUAAAAAAACAAUUAAAAAGGCCAAGAUUUCUAUUGAUACAAAACUUUAUAAAACUCAUAAAAAUGAACGUGAAAUACUUAGUAAGAUGAAUCAUCCAUCUAUAGUGAAAUUAUUCUAUGCAUUUCAUGAUUUUGAAGAUAUAAAUUUCAUAUUAGAAUAUAUUCCCGGUGGAGAAAUUUUUUAUCAUUUAUCACAAUCAAAUAGAUUUAAUGAAAAUGAUACAGCUUUUUAUUUAGCUGAAAUUUCUCAGGCUAUUUAUCAUUUACAUUCCCAAGCUGGUAUAGUUUAUCGUGAUUUAAAACCAGAAAAUGUAAUGUUAAACGCCCAAGGUCAUAUAGUAUUAACAGAUUUUGGAUUAAGUUCAAUGGAUGAAAUUUGUAAAUCAAUAUUAGGUACCCCAGAAUUCACAGCUCCUGAAGUUUUAAAAGGUGAAGAAUAUUCAUUCCCUGCAGAUUGGUGGUCUUUAGGUAUAAUGAUGUUUGAUAUGUUAACGGGGAAAUCUCCAUUUACUGGUAAUAAUAAAACAACAAUUUUUAAAAAAAUUAUUGAAAAAAAAUUAGAAAUUCCAAAAUAUUUAUCAUUAGAUGCCCAGGACCUGCUAAGGAAAUUAAUUAAUAAAAAUCCACAAAAAAGAAUGAAUAUUGAUAAAGACUUUACUAUUUUGGAAAAACAUCGAUUUUUUAGAAAGAUUGAUUGGAAAAAUUUAAGAAAUUUAAAACCACCAAUCAUUCCUGAUACAACUGAUUUAAGAAAAGCAACAAAUUUUGAUCAUAAUUAUAUAAGAGAAAUAAUGAAAAAAGAAGAUAAAAACCCUCAAGAUAAUCAAGAUACACAACCUAAUACUACAACAGAAUUUGAUAAUGAUUUAUUUCAAGGUUUUAGUUUUGUUGCUUCUAAACCAUUUUUAGAAAUGCAUAUGUAA